AUGACAUCUUUACCAAAUUUAUUAUCAAAAUAUGUCGUAUUUUCAUAUAAUAAAAAGAAUGAGGAACUUGUCUUAAAUAUUUAUAAUUAUUUGAAAAAUGAAAAUCUUCCAGUAUGGAUUUAUGUUCAAGAUAUAAUCAAUAAAGAUAUAUAUGAAAGUGAACGAAUACCUAUUAUUGCUUGUCGUCUUUUGCCUAAUUGGAAACCAUCUGGUUGGCUUAAUAAAGUAACAAGUGAUCAAUUAACAAUUGAUUUACAUGGUAUUAAUCAAAGAAAUUUUAAAGAUAAAAUGAAUAAAUUACGAGAGAAAAUAAUCUCGGUAUUAGAGAACAAGAAUGAUCUUAAAAAUUUAAGUUGGUCUUCUUAUUCAAAUAAUUUAAUAAUAUUAAUGAAAAAAGAAAUUUAUUUAUUAAAUCCAUUAACAUGUUGUAUAUCAACUAUAGAAAGUAUUAAAUUAAAAGAUCAUCGAGAAGAAUUUUUAUCAUGUAGUUGUUCAAAAGAUAAAAUAUUUAUAAUAAAAUGUCAAUUUAAUUCAAAUACAUAUUAUCUUGAAGAAUAUUAUUUAUCAACAUUUCGCUUUAUAAGAAAAUUUCAAAUUCUUGAUUUAAUUGAAAUUGGAACAUCUUUAAUUAUUCAAAAUCGAUUUUAUAAUCAAUUUUAUUAUUUAUCAAAUUCAUUUAUUAAAAUGUUCAUCGAUAUUGAAUUUAAUUUAAAAAUAAAUCAAUAUAAUAAUUAUUCAAAUGGAUUUAUGGAUUUUAAUGGAAAUAUUCGGAAUGUUGCUUUACUUGGAACAUCAAAUCUUGUUUUUCUUAUUGAUAAUGCUUUUAUCAUUUAUCAAUUAUAA